ACGUUGAAUCCUCUGUUUUGGUUUCUUCUUCUGAAGGUAGUUCUUCUUCUUCUUCUGUUUCAUUUCCUCGCUUUUUCUGCGUCAAAUCCAAAACAGAGGGGACUAUAAAUUCUUCCGAAUCAGAAUCGUUUAGACGCGUAAAGGGUUUUGUUGUGAGUGUUGCAUGACGAGCGCAUCGGAGCUUUUCUACAACCGCAGGUCUCGCUACAACAACAGCCGAGCCACCCACCACGAUCUCGGCUUCGACUCCCUCUGUCCGCCCGACCGGAUUUACAAUCCUCGCCGUCACCACAACCACCAUGAAUCCGACGGCUGUGAUCUCCUCCGCCGCACCCCCUCCCGGCAUCUCCGCCACCGCGCCUCCCUCACGGAGCGUGGAGCUGGAAUUGGGCCGGAGCAAUCGGGUACGGGUAAUCGGGUUGGACCCAGAGUGAGUGGGAAUGAGAGGCUGCCUGGUGCUGUUGUGCUGGCUAGGGAGAGGCUACUUGAGAGGUUGAGAGGAAUGCCUCCAUCGGAAACCAGGCGACGCAGGGCAUUGCAUAUAUACAGGAGUGGUCUACUUGGUGAUGAUUUGGCUCCUGUUGAUGAAAGGGAUUGGAGUACUGAAACCUGGCCAGGUCGGUCAGCCAGUGUUUCCCAAUCCAGUGACUUGAGUUCCCAAAUUGAAAGGAUGCAUCUCUUGCAAGAAGCAAACAAGAAGCCUCCAGGUCUUACUCAAGAGGUCCUUGAUUGCUUGAGUGUUGAGCUUUUCAGCAACACAGAAUUGGGUGUUGACGGGUUGGUAUCAAAAGCAUCACGAGAUUGUAGUAUAUGCCUGGAGAGUUUCAUGGAUGGGGAAGAGCUUAUAUGCUUGCCCUGCGCACAUAGAUUCCACACUACCUGCUUGGGACCCUGGGUUCGGAUACGAGGAGACUGCCCGUAUUGUCGGAGAGCUAUAAUUGUAGAUAGUGACAUGUCCAAAAGGACUAUGUAGUUUCUGUUGACAUGUUUUCAUAUUUGGGUUGUCUUGUUGUAGGAAAGUUUUGGAACUUGACUGCUAAAUCAUGUAGGUGAGAUACUUCUCAGCUAGAUGCAAUGCAUCAAUGUUAAUUAUGUUUUGGUUUGUGUA